AUGGCCCAGAAAGGAGAGCAUCUGCUACAGCGACCACUGUAUGUUUUUGAUCUCCCGGAAGAGCUCUUGGCCACACUCACGCUUAAGGACCAGACCGCACGCCCUAUCCAGGACGCGCCGCCUCAAGUGGAUAGCCCGAUACCCGAGUCGAUAGAUGUGGAAGAUGGCCCAACAAAGGCAACAUCCUGCAACCUUUGCGCACUCAGCUUCGGAUCAGUAGCUGAACAACGCAGCCACGUUCGAUCCGACCUCCAUGGGUACAACCUCAAGCAGAAGAUAAAAGGCGCGAAGCCAGUUGGCGAGGCAGACUUUGAGAGGCUCAUUGGAGAUCUUGACGAGAGUCUAUCAGGCUCCGAGUCCUCGGAAUCCGAGGACGACGAGGAUGAAGAGGAUGGAAGCAAGCCGAAGGAGUCCACCCUGAGCGCACUUUUGAAGAAACAGGCGAAGAUUUCGAAUCCCGAGUUUGACGAGUUUGAAUCACGGAAGAGACAACGUGGACCGGGAAAGCCUCCGUUACUUUGGUUCUCGUCACCGACAAUACCGGAUAACAUGUCGCUAGGGGUAUACCGUGCACUCUUUUCGGUUGCAGAGCAAGAGGAGGAGGCACACAUCAUGGAUACUUUACGGAAGAAGCAGCUCUCGCCGAAGCAGGCUCCCAAAGUCAAGGCGAACGAAGGCGGCGUCCCGUUGCCUGGAACAGACCUCGGACCCCACUACUUCCUCUGCAUGAUCGGGGGUGGUCAUUUCGCAGCGAUGGUUAUUGCAUUAGCACCAAAGACGGGAAAGAAGCACACAGGCGCGGAUGAGCGGUCCGCAACUGUCAUCGCGCACAAGACCUUCCACAGGUACACAACCCGUCGGAAACAGGGAGGGUCUCAAUCGGCAAACGACAAUGCCAAGGGGAAUGCGCACUCGGCUGGUUCUUCGAUACGUCGGUACAACGAAGUUGCACUUACAAAUGAAGUUCGAGAGUUGCUGUUGAGCUGGAAGAGCAUGAUUGAUACAGCAGAAUUGAUUUUUGUCCGAGCGACUGGUAGCACGAAUCGAAGGACAUUGUUUGGACCAUACGAGGGACAGGUGCUUCGAAACAACGAUGCACGGAAUCGAGGUUUUCCAUUCAGCACACGGCGGGCAACGCAAAAGGAGCUCAUGCGCGCCUUUGUUGAGCUCACGCGCGUCAAGCAGAGCACUAUCGACGAAGCAACACUGGCUGCUCUCAAUGCCCCUCAAACAGACAGCACCACAUCGACACCAGCGCCAGCAAAGCCCAAGCCUCCAAAACCAACUAAGGAGGAAGAGGCCGCAGCUCUCCACACCUCUCAAAUUAUACCCCUCAUCAAACGGUCAAAGGUUCCUGCGCUUCUCAACUACCUGAAGACAAAUAGCAUCCCGUCAACAUUUACGUUCUACCCUGAAACCCACCAUACACCAACGCCUCUCCACCUCGCUGCAUCCCUCAACUCAGCACCAAUCGUUCUCGCACUUCUCACAAAAGGAGGCGCAGAUCCCACAAUCAUGAACGACGAUGCCCGAACUCCCUUCACUCUUGCCGGCGACCGCACGACACGCGAUGCCUUCCGCGUCGCACGCUCCGAACUCGGCGAAAGCGCAUGGAAUUGGGAGAAAGCUGAUGUCCCCGCCGCGCUAUCAAAAGCCGAAGCCGAGAAGCGGGACGCGCAGGAUAAGAGCGAGAAAGCCGCUGAGAGCAAAGCCGAGUCUGAGCGCAGGAAAGCUGAAGCUGAGCGGUUGAGGAAGGAGAGCGAGGCCGAGGAGGUGAAGAGGCGGGAGCAAAGGCUCGGCAAGGGGAAGGCGCUGGGCGUGCUGCCGGUGAAGACUGGUGCGGAGCUGAGGGAAGAAGAGGCGAGGGGGUUGACGCCAGAGGCUAGAGCGCGGAUAGAGAGGGAGAGGAGGGCCAGGGCGGCGGAAGAGCGGUUUAAGAGGAUGCAGGGGAGUUGA